AUGUCAUCUGCAAGCAAGGGUGACAGGAAGGCUUCCCUUGAUGCAGCAUCAUGGUUGUUUAACGUGGUCACAUCUGUGGCAAUAAUCCUUGUGAAUAAAGCCCUAAUGGCCACUUAUGGUUUUAGUUUUGCCACAACUUUAACUGGCAUGCAUUUUGCCACAACAACCUUGUUGACGAUCAUUCUUAAAUCGCUGGGAUAUAUCCAGACCUCUCAUCUUCCAAAAUCUGAUAUCAUCAAGUUUGUCUUAUUUGCAAAUUGCUCCAUUGUUGGCAUGAAUGUGAGUUUAAUGUGGAACUCCGUCGGUUUCUAUCAGAUUGCUAAGUUGACUAUGAUUCCAGUAUCGUGUCUCCUGGAAGUAGUCUUGGACAAUGUGCGAUAUUCAAGGGACACAAAGCUUAGUAUUGUCUUGGUUUUGGCUGGUGUUGCGGUCUGUACUGUCACCGAUGUCAGCGUCAAUACAAAGGGUUUCAUAGCUGCCGUCAUUGCAGUUUGUAGCACAGCACUACAGCAGUAUUAUGUGCAUUUUCUUCAGAGGAAAUAUUCUAUUGGAUCAUUUAACUUGUUGGGCCACACUGCACCAGCUCAGGCAGCAAGUUUAUUGCUAGUAGGCCCCUUUAUGGACUAUUGGUUGACAAACAAACGAGUUGAUGCAUACGAUUAUGGCUUGACAUCCACGUUGUUCAUUAUUCUGUCUUGCACUAUCGCGGUAGGGACAAAUCUCAGUCAGUUCAUCUGCAUUGGUAGGUUUACGGCUGUAUCAUUCCAAGUCCUUGGUCAUAUGAAAACUAUUCUGGUCCUAUUCAUGGGAUUCAUUUUCUUUGGAAAAGAGGGCCUCAACCUUCAUGUUGUUCUAGGCAUGGCAAUUGCAAUAGCAGGAAUGAUUUGGUAUGGAAAUGCUUCUUCUAAGCCUGGAGGGAAAGAGCGUCGUAGCUUUUCCCUUCCUACCACCAAAACACAAGAUUAUGCUGCACUGCCUGUGUCAUCUGAAUCAGUUGAGAAGGUAUAG